AUGAUAGAGAUGAAAACUCCGGAGAUAAAAACGAAAGUGUGCAAAAUGGCACGAGUUUUUGAACAGAAUUGUGGGUGGGAUGGAAGCAAGACUUGCAUAAAAGGAUCCAAUAAAAUUCUCGAGUACCCUUGUCAUUGCGUGUGUGACAUUUAUGAUGUAGCCAUUUCGAGACGUAUUUGCACAUGUAAAUUUCCAAAUACUCCUUGCUAA